CUGCCUUUUCCCGCCCGCUGCCGUUAUCCGCGCGCUGUCUUUUCCGUAACGGUGAAAACACUGUUACCUAAAUCAGGUAACUCAUGUAGGUCUCUGGUAACAGCGAGUUGACGUAAAGCAACGUUAGAAAAAUGGGGGACACCUGUACUGUAGCUUUCUAUGUCCGUCUGUUCAUUUUGUCUUGUAUCCUCACUUCAUCUCCUUGGUGCAGUUCAGGAGGCUCUCACCUAUUGGCAGAUUGGAUCUCAAACGGUGUGGCAUCAAGAGCUGAGCAGGUGAAAUCCACAUUCAAGUGUAGUACUACGGGAGAUGAGCGAGGAGGACGGACGUGUGCGGAGCAGACAGCGGUUCCAGGGCGGUGGAUACUGGAAGCCGGCAGUUUGGAUGGUGGCCAAAGGCUUGGAAGGUCAUUGUGGAAGGAACUGGAGUCUCCAUUGAUGAUAUCAAGGAGCUGAAAGCUGGUCAUCAGACGGAGGGAAUGCAGCGGUAUGCCAGAGACAUUCCCACCGACCAAUGCUUCAGCAUUAUAUUUAAAGGCAGCAGGAAGAAAUUGGAUCUGGUGGCCACCAACGCCGAUGAGGCCACGCAUUGGAUCCGUGGCAUUUCAAAAUUAAUGGAGAGAAACAACCUCUUGAAGAGGAGGCAAUGGCUGCUUAAGCAUCUAUCCAGCCAUGUGCCACAGCACAGAGCCAGGGGGAGAGCGCCAGGCAGAGCACCAAGUCCACCCCUACCCCAUGUAGGAGGUCAAAGGCACAUCCCCAUCUUACAGUACUUUUCUGUUUGCUUCCCCUACGUCACCUUUAGUUCCCUCAGGCCCUCAGCGUCCACAGAUUCAAUUAGUUAUUGAUGUUUCUAACCCAGAUCUGCCUGCCUGCCUGCCCCGAACUGUGGGAUCUGCCUGCCUGCCUCGAACUGUGGGAUC